AUGGCAAACAAAAGAAUGCGAAAGCUAAUACAAAAUAGCCAAAGACGAUCUACGAGAGAAGAAUCGAGUAAUAGAGGAGUUGAUCAUGAAAAUGAAUCACAAGAUACAGCAUCUCAUUCACCAUUAGAGCUACAAAAUGAGGAGGUUAAUGAGAAAGAUGAAAAUGAGAUCAUGUCUUCAUCCCAAGCUCAGAAAAGAAAACGUGGCAAGACUAUUAUGAGAGAUAUUCAUGCAUUAUAUCCCGAUCAUAUGCUGGUAGUGAAAUUCAAUGAAAGGGGACAGCCUUACGGUGAUCUACAACCGACUCUUGCAAAUUUUAUUGGGACUAUUGCACGGAAUGGAGUUGUGUUGCCCCUGAGCUUUUUAGAUUGGAGAAAAAUGUCGACAAAUCGUUUGAAUAAUGCAUGGAAACUUGUUACUGCACGUUUCUGUAUCUCCAAUUGCCAUAGAAGAGUUAUAAUGCAAAUGAUGGGGGCUGCGUGGAGAAGGUGGAGGACUGAAGUGAAAGCUACAUCUUAUGAUUCAAAUACUCCACUAGAAGAGCUUGUUGCAAUACAACCCAUUCCUCAUGGCUUGACACUUCAAACAUGGGAAUCUCAAGAAAAUGGAAGAAAACCGAGUCAUAUUGAAAUACAACAAUUGAGUCGAAGAAGUGGAAAGAAAGGAGGCGCCCUUAUUGAUGACGAGGCAAUACGAAUUGAGAAUUUACUUAAAGAGACUGUGGAUCGUCACCUUCAAGAUAAACCUGAAGGAACACAACCAAUAGAAGUCCAUGAGGAGGCAUUUCGUGAGGUUUUUGGACCUGAGCAUUCUGGUCGGGUACGAUGUUUAGGAGCUGGUGCGCUGCCUAGUCAAGUGUUCCCAGAGCUAUGUAAACGUAGCUCAAUGUAUUGGCAAGACUAUCACUCUAAUUCAUAUAUGACGGACAAAUUUAAGGAAAUGGGAGAGAAAAUUAAAGAUAUGGAGUUGCGAGAAGCACAACGACAAAUGGAAAUACAGCAGAUGAAAAGACAAAUGAAAGAAAAUGAUCAAUUCCAAAAUUUUGCACGGGUAAUGCUCAAUAUGAUGUCGGGUAGUGUUGGAGGUUCUCAUGGACCUGAAUCAUUACCGGCACAGAACAAUUGA